AUGCAGUUUGCCAACAAUGUCACGAGCCCCAUAUUCGCUGGCCGCUGGGACUUGCGUGGCAAGAAGCUCUGGGUCCCUAACCGUCAACCUCUUCAAUCUUGGAGUCUUCUGAUUCUAGAGAACGCAUGCAACGAGGCCACUGACCAGGCCGUUGCACCGAGCUUCAAGCUAUUAUCGUCAAUCCUGCAUUACACAACCACUCCCCCUUCGAACUUGACUCCAAACAGCUACCAAUGCCUCCUGGGCGCUGCAAAUGCCUUCUCGACCCCGAAUCGCGUUUCAUUCAUGGUAAAAGUUGUUGUUAUUACGAUGGGCGCCGUAUUCAGGGCGGGCGUUUUCGGCAUCUGGAUCGAGGACGCCUGUACCAGUAGGGGUGCCAUCUUCGGCGCGUCAAGCCUCACUGGCAAGUACCUGAUUGCGAGGAUCGACAAGAAUCGUGGCCAGAUUUGCGCCUCGGACGAUGAGCUGCGGUCGCUCAUGAACAAAUCGUGA